AUGGCCGCUCCCUCCCUCAAGAAUGGCGGCAGUGGCGCUCACUACAGGUGGGGUCAGUCCGCCCGCGAAGUGACGAUCGCCAUCAACGCCGGCUCUCGUCGCGGCCGAGACUUUCGUGUCGAGAUCAAUCGGAGCCGCGUGAGCGUGGCGGCCAGGAGCUGCGGCGACGAGUGGCAGCACCUCCUGCGCGGCGAGCUGCAGCGACCCGUGCUGACGGACGAGUGUGAGUGGAGCGUGGAGGACGGGUCGCUGAUCAUUGCCCUCGCCAAGGACGGCCGGCUCGGCGCCGAGGCGGAGUGGUGGACCGGGGUGCUCGCCGGCGAGGACACGCUCGAGGCACGGACGGCGGACGCGCUGGUGCUGCGCCUCGGCAAGGCUGAGGGAGGGGGCGAGGGCGCGUGGCCGACGCUGCGCGCCGCGGCGCGGGGGUAG